GUACUCGUGACCCGGCCCGGGAAGGCGCCCGGAGCGCGGCAACAUGGCUUCCCCGCCCCACCAGCAGCUGCUGCAGCACCACGGCACCGAGGUGAGCUGCGACUCCAGCGGCGACAGCAACAGCGUGAGGGUGAAAAUCCACCCCAAGCAGCUGUCCUCCGGCAGCCAGCCCAAGCGCUGCAAGUACAGCAUCUCCUCCAGCUGCAGCAGCUCCGGGGACUCCGGCGGGGCGCCCCGCAGGGUGGGCGGCGGCCGCCUGCGCCGGCAGAGGCGGCUGCCCCAGCUGUUCGAGCGCGCCUCCAGCCGCUGGUGGGACCCGAGGUUCGACUCGGUGAACCUGGAGGAGGCUUGCCUGGAGCGCUGCUUCCCGCAGACCCAGCGCCGCUUCCAGUGCGCGCUCUUCUACGUGGGCUUCGCCUGCCUGCUGUGGAGCGUCUACUUCGUGGUGCACAUGAGGGCCAGGCUGACGGUCACGGCGGCCCCCGCGCUGUGCCUCCUCGUGCUGUGCGUGGGCUUUUUUCUGUUUACCUUCACCAAGCUGUACGCGCGCCACUACGUGUGGACCUCGCUGGCGCUCACCCUCCUGGUGUGCGCCCUGACCCUGGCCGCCCAGUUCCAGGCCUUGACGCCUGACUGGGGCCGCCUGGACAGCUCCAACCACACGCCCCCCGCCCAGCCCGCAGACACUUGCCUGUCUCAGGUGGGGAGCUUCUCCAUGUGCAUCGAGGUGCUGCUUCUGCUCUACACCGUCAUGCACCUGCCUUUGUACUUGAGUGUGUUUUUGGGGGUGGCCUAUUCCGUUCUUUUCGAGACCUUUGGCUAUCACUUCCGAAACGAAGACUGCUUCCCCUCGCCUGGGGCGGGGGCCUGGCACUGGGAGCUGGUGAGCCGGGCCCUGCUCCACGUCUGCAUCCACGCCAUCGGCAUCCACCUGUUCAUCAUGUCCCAGGUGAGGUCCCGGAGCACCUUCCUCAAGGUGGGCCAGUCAAUCAUGCACGGGAAGGACCUGGAAGUGGAAAAAGCCCUCAAGGAGAGGAUGAUCCACUCCGUGAUGCCCAGGAUCAUAGCCGACGACCUGAUGCGACAGGGCGAUGAGGAGAGCGAGAGCUCCGUCAGAAGGCACGCCACCGCCAGCCCCAAGAACCGGAAGAAGAAGUCCUCCAUCCAGAAGGCCCCCAUCGCCUUCCGCCCCUUCAAGAUGCAGCAGAUCGAGGAAGUCAGCAUUUUGUUCGCGGACAUCGUGGGCUUCACCAAGAUGAGUGCCAACAAGUCAGCGCAUGCCCUGGUGGGCCUCCUCAACGACCUGUUCGGGCGCUUCGACCGCCUGUGCGAGGAGACCAAGUGCGAGAAGAUCAGCACGCUGGGGGACUGCUACUACUGCGUGGCCGGCUGCCCCGAGCCCCGCGCCGACCACGCCUAUUGCUGCAUCGAGAUGGGCCUGGGCAUGAUCCGCGCCAUCGAGCAGUUCUGCCAGGAGAAGAAGGAGAUGGUGAACAUGCGCGUGGGGGUGCACACGGGCACCGUCUUGUGCGGCAUCUUGGGCAUGAGGCGGUUUAAGUUCGACGUGUGGUCCAACGACGUGAACCUGGCCAACCUCAUGGAGCAGUUGGGAGUGGCCGGCAAGGUCCACAUUUCCGAGGCCACCGCCAAAUACCUAGAUGAUCGGUACGAAAUGGAGGACGGCAAAGUCUUUGAGCGUCUGGGGCAGAGCGUCGUGGCCGACCAGUUGAAAGGUUUGAAGACAUACCUGAUAGCGGGUCAGAGAGCGAAGGAGCCUCGUUGCAGCUGCUCAGAGGCCUUGCUUUCUGGCCUCGAGGUCAUUGACGGCUCACGGGUGUCCUCAGGCCCUAGGGGACAGGGGACAGCGUCGCCAGGGAGUGUCAGUGACUUGGCACAGACUGUCAAAACCUUUGAUAACCUUAAGACCUGCCCUUCGUGUGGAAUCACGUUUGCGCCCAAGUCAGAAGCAGGUGCCGAAGGAGGGACAGUCCAGAAUGGCUGUCAAGAGGAGCAGAAAAGCAGCACCAAGGCUUCCGGAGGGCCUACUUCCAAAACUCAGAACGGCCUGCUGAGCCCACCCCAGGAGGAGAAGCUUACCAACAGCCAGACCUCGCUGUGUGAGAUCCUACAGGAGAAGGGGAAGUGGGCGGGCGUGAGCCUGGACCAGUCUGCUCUCCUGCCCCUGAGAUUCAAGAACAUCCGGGAAAAGACAGAUGCCCAUUUUGUGGAUGUUAUCAAGGAAGACAGCCUGAUGAAAGAUUAUUUUUUUAAGCCACCCAUUAACCAGUUCAGCUUGAACUUCCUGGACCGGGAGCUGGAGCGCGCCUAUAGGAGCAGCUAUCAACAAGAGGUGGCGAAGAGCUCUCCCGCGAAGACCUUCGCCAGCGCCACCUUCAGCUCCCUCCUGGACGUGUUUCUGUCAACCACCGUGUUUCUGAUUCUCUCCACUACCUGCUUCCUGAAAUAUGGGGCCUCCAGCACACCGCCCCCUCCUGCUGCCCUUGGGGUCUUCGGGGCGGCCCUGCUGCUGGAGGUGCUGUCCCUGGUGGUUUCCAUCAGGAUGGUGUUCUUCCCUGAGGCCGUCAUGGCCUGCACCAAGCACCUGCUGGAGUGGGUCUCCGGCUGGGUCCCACGCCACCUCCUCGGGGCUGUCCUGGUCUCGCUCCCCGCUCUGGCUGUCUACUCACACGUCACCUCCGAAUUCCAGACAGACUCACACUUCACUGUCUUCGCGGGCUCCGCCGUCCUGGUGGCCGUGGUGCACUACUGCAACUUCUGCCAGCUCAGCUCCUGGAUGCGGUCCUCCCUGGCCACAGUCGUGGGCGCCGGGCCCCUCCUCCUGCUCUACGUCUCCCUGUGCCCGGACAGUUCCAUCGUGAUGUCACACCUCGAUGCAGCACAGAACUUCAGUUCCGAGAGGACCCGGUGCAACAACUCCCUGCCGCGGAAUGGCCGGCUUCAGGCCAGCCUGCUUGGCCAGGAGGUGAUCCUCGUCUUCUUCCUCCUGCUCCUGCUGGUCUGGUUCCUGAACCGGGAGUUCGAGGUCAGCUACCGCCUGCACUACCACGGCGACGUGGAGGCUGACCUUCACCGCACCAAGAUCCAGAGCAUGCGGGACCAGGCCGACUGGCUGCUGCGGAACAUCAUCCCCUACCACGUGGCCGAGCAGCUCAAGGUGUCCCAGACCUACUCCAAGAACCACGACUGCGGGGCCGUCAUCUUCGCCAGCGUCGUCAACUUCAGCGAGUUCUACGAGGAGAACUACGAGGGCGGCAAGGAGUGCUACCGCGUCCUCAACGAGCUCAUCGGGGACUUCGACGAGCUGCUGGGCAAGCCGGCCUACGGCGGCAUCGAGAAGAUCAAGACCAUCGGGGCCACGUACAUGGCCGCGGCGGGGCUGAACGCCACGCAGGCACAGGACGGCGGCCACCCGCAGGGCCACCUGCAGCUGCUGUUCGAGUUCGCCAGGGAGAUGAUGCGCGUGGUGGACGACUUCAACAACAACAUGCUCUGGUUCAACUUCAAGCUGCGCGUGGGCUUCAACCACGGGCCCCUCACGGCCGGCGUCAUCGGCACCACCAAGCUGCUGUACGACAUCUGGGGGGACACGGUCAACAUCGCCAGCAGGAUGGACACCACCGGCGUGGAGUGCCGCAUCCAGGUGAGCGAGGAGAGCUACCGCGUCCUGAGCAAGAUGGGCUACGACUUCGACUACCGGGGCACCGUGAAUGUCAAGGGCAAGGGCCAGAUGAAGACCUACCUGUACCCCAGGUGCACGGACAGCGGACUCGUGCCCCAGCACCAGCUGUCCAUCUCCCCGGACAUCCGCGUCCAGGUGGACGGCAGCAUCGGGCGGUCCCCCACGGACGAGAUCGCCAGCCUGGUGCCUUCUGUCCAGAGCUCCGACAGGGCCUCGCUGGGCUCUGACAGCGGCGCGCCAGCCAAGGACCCCCAGCCGCCCGCCAAGCGGCCGUGGAGGGACCCCGGCAGGGCCGAAGAGAGGUGCCGGUUUGGCAGAGCCGUCGGGAAGGCCGACCACGAGGACACAGGGCUGGAGGAUGCCAACGAGCUCACCCGGCUCGACGUCUCCAAGGGCGUGUGAGGCGCCGGCUGCCGGGGAGCUCUUCGUCCCACCGCUGGCCAUGCUGGCAUCGGUGGCUGUGCUUUCUCAGCCCCGGCGCCUGCCUGGAGGCGGCGUCCUGGGGCCGCCGCCUGACUUCUGUCUGGAUCGCAAUGAUUCAGGUCCACAUCACGCAUUUCUCCCCCGCCCCACCCGGCAGCUCGGAGAACAAGUGCCUUUGGGGCGGCCUCGCCCAGAGUCCAGCGAGGAGUCCAGCGGGGAGACGGGCGUGGGGUGGCGAUGGCCUUUCCCAACAAAGCUGUGGUUCAGAUAUCACUUUUAUUGCUUUUUCUCACCAGACACCUUUUUUGCGCUGAUACAAGGGUCUUGAGGUUUAUUUUGCUCUCUAUACACGAUAGUGCCCCAGUUACCUGCCUCCUAUGUAAACGCACAGCCGCACACACACACACUUGCAUCCAUGACCUGAGAUUAAGUGCCAGUACCCGCAGCGGGCAGUUCCGGGAGCCGCAGCGGAGGCCCCCACCCCAUGCCCCCAGGGCCCUGCUCCUAGCCUGGGGCUUCCUCACCUGCUGCGGAGACCCCAGACCCGCCUGAUCUAGCCUGUGACCCAGGCUCCAGCCUCAGGUGUUGAAAGCGGGUUUCCUUUCUGCAGCCAGGCGUCCCCAGCCACCGGGGGUCCCCCAGCAGGAGCAAAGGGCUUUGUCUUUGAAGUUGAAGUGUCGCAAAAUAAAUGUCCUGAGGGUUGCAUUUAUUUAUUUAUUUAUUUAAUCAGGAACCGGAUGUGUUUCAGGGAGGGGGAGAAGGCUUCCUCAGGGGGUCCCUCAGGGCCUCCCCCCCUGGCGUGUGGCCUUGGUGGAGCUAGGGCCCCCUUCACGGGCCCCACAGCUCUGGGUGCAGGCUCCCUGCCGCAGGGGUGGGAUGAGAAGGCCGCUGGGCCGAGAUCUGGCCCGCCCUGCCCUGGGGGCAUCCUGUGUCCAGGCAGCUUCACUACAGGCUGGACGGCCCUGCCCCAGCACGGCCAGCGGGGGACGCCCAGGCUUAGGAAACACCGCGGUGCCCAGCGUCCAGUCCUGUCUGCCGACGCCCGUGUGGAGUCUGACCUGGAACUGGACUCCGCCGCUCCCUCCCUGCCCCAGGAUGGGCUUGGCUGGGACACGGAGGUCCAGCCCCUCCUCCGGGUCUCCCCCACAUGCCCUGCGCUGUCUCCGAGCCUGCGGCCGCCCCGAGCCACAGCACCCGCCCUCCCGCCACCAGCGCCGAGUCUCGUUGGGGUCCCUGGGCCGCGCGUGGGCGGUGGUGCCGAUACCUCGUGCUUCCAAAGAAUGUGGCUUCCAGGCGCCAUGGGCCUUUGCUUUUAUUUCUUCUUGGAAAAGCUACCUGAUGCCCUCCCUGCACGGAGGGCUGCGUGGCUGGGGUCUCUCUCUGGCCGGGGUGUGCGAGCCCCGCCUUUGCCUCCUGGCAGCCGCGGCCGCUGAGAGCCUGUGCGUUGCUCUGCCACACAGCCCUGCCCCCCCACCUUCCCCCGACCUGGGGGCAGCCGCCGGCCCGGAGACACCGGGCUCAGUGCGCACAGCCUCCAUGGGCAGCGCACCCACCUUUUAAAGUCUUUCAAACACGCCGCGCCUCCCAGAGGGUCUGACCAGACGUCCCCGCCCGGCCCUCGGUGGCCGGCCCUCGGCCCAAGCCCGCCUUGGCACCGGCGGGGUCUCCGCUGGACAGCACAGCUGCUGAGGACGCAGCCUGGGCCGAGCGGCUAAACCGAAUGUGUGUAAAUAGUUGCUUUGAUUCCCAGUUGCCACUUUCUUCUCGGCCCGUCGGAUCAACCUACGCGCACCAAUAUCAGACACAAGCACACACGCGGCCCGGGGCGGCCGGCCGAGCAGCGGAGCUGGGAAGGCACCCGGCUCGCUGCACCCCCUCCCCCCCGCACAUGAGCUUGGGCCCGGGCAGGGGAGGGGCUGCUUCGCCAGGGCUGGGGUCGCGGCCCGCCCGAGGGCUGUCAGCGCCGGCCGACGACCUCCAGUUAGAUGAGCAAGAACUGUGGGUGUUUCUCAAAAGCUUUGCUCUGCUCUUUCUAAAUUGCUCGUUCUGAUCCCUUCAAAGCGCACCCACUGAAGAAAUGGACAUUAAAAUAUUCUAAACUGAAUGCUUGGCGCCUGGUAGUCCUCAUU